AUGAAUGUCUUCAAUGCCAUGUUCCAGACGAGAAAGGCUCCAUCGUCGGCCACUGGAACCACUCAAGCCAUGCAUGUAUUUUACAUGUUGUCAAUGGAAAAGAUUUUGAAGAAUUUAGUGAAGAAACAAACCGAUUUGAAGAAUGCUUGCCAAGAAGUUAUGGAUGUUAUUAAAAAGUUGGAAAAGAACGAAGCCGACGUUCUUAGGGAUAUUUCUGAAAAUCCAAAUAGAUACUUUAAACCUUUGGAAUUAGCUUGUGCAACCAAAAAACCAACAAUAGUAGAACCGGCAUUGGAUUGUCUUCAUAAAUUGAUGGCUUAUGGAUAUAUUGAUAGUAAAAUACCAUAUGAAGGGAAAACUGAUCUUUUAAUUGAUGUUGUUGUUGCUACAAUUUCUAAUUGUUUUGAUCCAACACAAGACGACAAUGUUCAAUUACAGAUCAUCAAGGCCCUUCUUACAGCAGUUACAUCAUGUGAUAUCCAUGGAAGGAGCUUGAGAUUAACCGUAAAGACUUGUUUCAAUAUUCAUCUAGUUUCAAAGAAUGAAAUUAAUAGAAAGACAGCACAAGCAACUCUCAACCAAAUGUUGAAUAUUAUUUUCCAAAGAAUGGAAUCAAAACCACCAAAAGCUAAACAACAAGAAGCUAAUCAAGAAAAUGUUCAAGAUGAGAGUGCUCUUGCACAACUUCAGGAGGAAAAACCAACAGAGGAUUAUAUUAAUGAAUUUGUUGAUGGAAUAAUAGAUGACGUUGCCCAACAAAUUUUGGAACAACAACAAUAUGAUCUUGAGAAUGAGGAGGAUGACGAACCUAUGGAUGUUAUUGAAAGUGAAAAUAAUGGAGAGUCAUCGGAUAAAACAAAUACACGUAAGAGAUCGGUUUCAGAUGCUGAUCACGAACCAAACGCUCCAAUUUUUGACAACCAAUACCAAAAAGAUGCUUUCUUUAUAUUUAGAGCAUUAUGUAGAUUAGCCAUGAAGCAACUCCCUAAGAAUCCAACCCCAGACUCCUUGGAACUUAAAAGUCGUUUACUUUCUCUUGAAUUAAUUCACAACGUUUUGGAAAACAGUGGACCAGUGUUUAGAACAUCUGAGACUUUCAUUUCGGAUAUCAAGCAAUUUUUGUGUUUAUCACUUUUGAGAAAUUGUACAAGUCCAGUUCCACCAAUCUUUUCUCUUUCAUUGUCCAUUUUUAAAUCCCUUGUUAAAUAUUUCAAAGUUAAUCUGAAAGGAGAAAUUCGUUUGUUCCUGACAAACUUUUUGCGUAUCUUACACAGUGAAAAUAGUACAUAUCACCACAAGAUGUUGGUAAUUCAGGUUUUGAGUUUUAUUGCUCAAGAUUCACAAACAUUAUUGGAUAUUUUCGUUAACUAUGAUUGUGCUUUGGACUCUUUGAAUAUUUACGAACAAAUUGCUAGUGAAUUGUCAAACGUUGUACAAAACUUACAAGCUGAAGGAGAAUGGAUGACACCUACACAAGAACUUAAAUUAAAGACAGCAUCUUUGAAUGCUUUGGUGUCUGUUUUGGAAUCACUUGUAAAGUGGAUGAAUGAAAAGCAAGGUGAAUCAUCAGAGGAACUUAAUAAUCAAUCCGAAGAAAUGACUGAAGGUGAAUACUUUGAAAAGCAAAGAAACAUGAAGAUUGGUCUGAAAGAAGGUAUCAAACUUUUCAAUAGAAACCCAAAGAAAGGUAUCAAGUACCUUGUUGAAAUUGGAAAACUUCCAGAUCCUGAAAAAGUCGACAAGACUGAAUAUGCUACCUCUGUUGCUAAGCUUUUAUAUAAUACUGAAGAUUUUUCAAAGAAGUUGAUGGGUGAAUUUAUGGGUGAACAAGUUAAUAGUGAUAUUCUCCAUGCCUUUACUGAAUUACAAUCAUUUGCUGGUCUUCCAUUCGAUAAGGCAUUCAGAAAUUAUUUGAAUACAUUCAGACUUCCAGGUGAAGGCCAACAAAUUGACAGAGUUGUCCAAAAGUUUGCUGAAAAGUACUUUAAGGAUAACGGAAAGUCACAUGUUUUUGCCAAUGCUGAUGCUUGUUACGUUUUUGCUUACUCUGUAAUUAUGUUGAAUACCGAAUUGCACAACCCUGCUUUCAACUUCCGUGAAAGAAUGUCUCUUGAAGCUUUCAUUGCUAACAAUAAGGGUAUCAAUGAUGGUGGUGAUAUUGACCACAAGUACCAAGAGUCUAUCUAUGGAAGUAUUAAGAAUAAUGAAAUUAAAUUGAAGGGAGAUGAAAUGGAACAAAUUGUGCAACAAUCCCAAGAUAAAACUCAACUUACAGCUCAACAAAAUCCAAGAAAGAAGCGUAUGUUGUUCACUUUGGAAAGCGAAAAGCUCGAAAAGGAAACAAGAAACUUGUUGAAAUCAAGUCAAUCACAGAGUGAUUCUGAUGAUCAAUUCUUCAGUGCUAAUCACAUUACUCACGUAAGAAGUAUGAUGGAAACAACCUGGGAAUUUUUCAAGGAAGGUCUCAAGGCUACUUUGGAAAAGGACAAGUUUGCUGAUACUAAGGUCCAUGACAAUUGUCUCAGAGGUUUGGAAUAUGCUAUUCACAUUACUAGCCGUUUUGAUAUGCCAACUGAAAGAUUGGCUUUUGUUCAAACAUUGUGUCACUUUACCAAAUUGACCAUUUCUGAAAAGGAAUAUGAAGCUCAAAAUGAUCCAAAUCAUAUCCACCAAAAUCCAGAUACUCUCAAGAACAGAUAUAUUAUGCAAGAUAGACACAUCAAGGCUAUCAAGAUACUUCUCAAGAUUGCCGAAUUAGAAGGUAAUUAUCUUAAGGACAGUUGGGCCAAUAUUUUGGAAUGUCUUUCUCAAUUAGAAAGAUUGCAAUCUGAUGUCCCACAAAAUCGUAACAAAUCCAAGAGUGCUGCUAGAUUAACUAUUGAAUUGACCCCAGAACAAAUCAAUUCUAAUACCAUCUUGAAUAAUAAUAUUGACCAUCUUGUUAUUGAUAAGAUCUUUGUCAAGUCUGGUGAAUUGAGUGAUGAUGCUAUUGAAAGCUUUGUUAAGGGCUUGUGUGGCGUUUCUAAUGAUGAAAUUAAUCCAAAAGCUAAUAGAAUGACAUGUACUGGUAACAUUAAUAUUAAUCCAGUACCAAGAACUUUCAGUUUGCAAAAGCUUAUUGAAGUUGCUCACUAUAAUAUUAACAGAAUCAAAAUUGUUUGGUCCAAGUUGUGGGUUCACAUGGGUAAACAUUUCAUCACUGUUGGUACACAUGAUGAUUUGACUAUUGCAAUGAAUGCUAUUGACUCUUUGAGACAACUUUCAAUGAAAUUCUUGGAACAAGACGAAUUGGCUAACUAUCACUUCCAACGUGACUUCCUCAAGCCAUUCUUCCAAAUUAUUCAACAAAGCAACAAGACUGAAAUUAGAUUACUCACUGUUGAAUGUGUUGGUCAAAUGAUUUUGGGUAGAUAUAACAAUAUCAAGUCUGGUUGGAAGACAAUUCUCCAAAUCUUUGCUCAAGCAGCUUUGUGUGGAUCACCAGUCACUGACGAGGGUUUUAGAUAUGUCACUGCAAUGAUGAAGGAUGGUGGUGAUGUUGAUUAUUUCCAUCAAAUUCAACAAAACGAAUCCUUUGUUGAUUGUAUCUUGUGUUUGACUGCUUUUGCUCGUAACUUGGCUAAUACCAAUAUUUCCAAAAGUUCUAUUGCACUUUUAAAGCUCUGUGCUCUUCAUAUUGUUAAUAAUAGAGUUGAUGCUAUCAAGAAUGUUGACAUUUACACUGAUGAAGAAGUUCACUUCAAGUUGUGGUUCCCUAUCUUGACUGGUCUCUCGCGAUUGGUUAGUGACGAUAGAAGAGAAGAAGUUAGAGCUAAUGCUUUGAAGACUCUCUUUGAAGAAGUUCUCAUUAACAGAAAGAUUGGUGACAGAUUCUCUCCAAAGCUUUGGAAUUUCGUUUUCACUGGAGUUCUUUUCCCAAUAUUUGACGAAAUCAAGCAAGCCAAUAUCACUGAUGAAAGCUGGAUCAAUACUACUUGUAGAAAAUCCUUGAGCUUGAUGGUCACAUUAUUUGCUCAAUACUUUACAUCCAUUCCACAAUUAUUCGACAAUAUUCUCACCUUGAUUAGUUCUCAUUGUUUCUUUAGAGUUGAAGAGGAUCAAGUCAAUCAAAAUACUGACUCUCCUUUGGUUGUUGAAAAGAAGAUUAAGAAUGAAAAGCUUGCUGAAAUUGGUAACGAGUCAUUCAAGAUUUUUGUUCAAUUAUGUGGUAAAUUAUUCAAUGACCAACAAUGGGAUGCUGUUUGCAGAAGUUUGGAAAGUAUUCUCACCAUCAACCUUAAACUUAAGUCACCAAUCGAUAGCAGAAUCCGUUUGAAGAUUAUUGAAACAACUAACGAUAUUCUCACUACUCAAUUCGAUAACAUGAAACUUGUUCACAUUGAAAGUAUGCUUGAUUCAUUGUUGAAUUGUCAUAACACCUCAUUGGAAUUCAACUCCAAGCAAAAGGGUAAUGCUGAAAAUGAUUACGAGAUUGAAAUUGAAAUGUUCUCCUGUACUGUUUAUGUUAAUAUCUGUUCCAAGUUGUGCUCAUCACCAAAAACAACCGAAGAACUCUCUAAACGUCAAGAAGUUGGAGAAAAUAGAAUUAUUGAGAUUACCGAAAGAACUUUCAUCAGAUAUUUACAACAUAUUGGUAUUUUACAAUAUUCUGGUAGUAAUGCUGAUUUAGAUAUUCAACAAGAUACUGUCUUGUGUGGUAAUAGAUUAAUGUCAUCAUUGGUUCCAACAGUUGUUUCUCUCCUCGAAGUUUACCUUUCAUUCCCUGAAGAACAAUUCCUCAAAUACUUACCUAAAUUCUACCCUCUUUUCACUAAAUUAUUGCUGACGCAACACAGAGAAAUCAGAUUAGUUCUCCUUGACUUGUUCACUAGAUUUGGUAAACAAGUUCUUUUGAAAUAAAUUAAUAUUAUUUAUAUUGUA